AUGCAAUCAAUCAAAGUCUUCAUCCGCUGGCGUCCUCUCUCGCCAUCCGAGGCCAACACCCCAGAAAUCACCCGAACACAGCAUGCGCAUCCUACCAACAACACCUCCGCGCUCUCACUCACCCCACCGCCAUCGCACAAACUAUCCCGCCCCUGGAAAAGCGAGUCGGCGUUUACCCACAUCUUCACCGCAACUGACAAUAACAAGGCCGUCUUCGAGGCUGUCGUAGCCCCGACCCUCCCCCGCGUCUUGAACGGGCAAUCCUGCAACUUCUUCGCCUACGGCCACUCCGGCAGCGGCAAGUCGCACACCAUCAUCGGGUAUGACUUCAAGCAUGCAGACGAGUUCGGGCUGUGUCUAUCGGCCGCAAGAGCGCUCUAUGAGCAUCUCGACCAGCUGAAUGCAACCGCUGGCACUAACGAAAACGAGAAAUUCCUUCUCGGGCUACGCAUGUACGAACUUCGAAAAAAUACGGCAUUCGACCUCCUAAACGACAGAUGCAAAUGCCACAUCCGGGAAGGACAAGACGGCAAAACGCACAUCCGCGGCGAGACGGAGACGCUCGCCGACGGAAAAGUCCGCGUGCGGCCGAUCGUCACGAAGGCGUGCUCGACCUUUGACGAGUUCCACGCGCAGUUGCUGGCGGGGAUUGGGCGCCGCGCGACGGGGACGUCGACGGUGCAUGAUCAGAGUUCUCGGACGCAUGCUGUUUUCGAGGUGGAGAUUGUCACGCGGGAGCUCCUGGAUGCGAGGGACGCGGUGGUGGAGCGGCAGUCGGAGCUUGUUCCUGUUGGGAAGCGCGCGACGGAUAUCUAUCUGGAGGAGAAUUCGAAGGGGUUUAUUCAGAUGCCGGAUGGCAAGUUUGCGCCGAAUCCGGAGUAUCGGAUUAACCAGGCGGCGAUUGAUGAGGCUGAGGCGAAGAAGGCGGAGUUUGAGUCGUAUGUCCAGAAGGCUGAGGAACAUGUGGAGGCUGUCAAGCGAUCGUGUCCCCAUGCUUGUCUGGGUGGGAAAUUAGUCUUUGUGGACUUGGCUGGCUCGGAAUACUACCACGACAAGGGUACUGUUUCGACAUCUCGAGCGAAGCAGACGCCCCAGGAGCAGCAGGAAGGGAGGCAGAUCAAUACCGAUCUUCUGUCCUUGAAGGAGGUCAUCCGCGCGAUGGCCCAGAAGCAGAGUCGCAUUCCAUUUCGGUCCUCGCCGCUGACCAUGGUCCUGCGUGAGCAUUUCCUGACAGGUGAGGGGAGUGGCGGGUUUUCGGCGAUGAUUCUCACAGCAUCGCCUUCGUCGGAGCAGUACACUGCGACGAUUGACACGCUGAAGUAUGGAAACUUGAUUGGCGUGGCUGGAGAGAAUGUCAAGGGACGUAAAUAG